GUCUUUUACAAAUGGCGGCUUAGGUAGAAGCACGCUGUUUCAUUUAAUUGGAAGAUUUCUCAUCGAGGGCUUUUGUACAUACAGCAGAAAAAGAAAAUUACAAAGACUCUUAAACAUUAAAAUUCAAGAAAAUGGGAAACGUACUAGCAGCCUCUGUACCUCCUCCACCUUCGCCGCCACCACCAACCUCAAGUUUAUUGCCUAAUUUAGGAAAACCAGACUCUGCCGAAGAAUUGCAGUCGUCUGUCAGACUUUCUGAUAGUUUGAAAAAUCCUGGUACAAUCGAGGAACUUCACAAGAAGUGUAAAGAUAUAUUCCCUGGAAACUUUGAGGGUGCAAAGCUGAUAUUCAACAAAGGUCUUAGCAAUCACUUUCAAAUUUCACAUACAAUAAGCAUGGGUUCCAUUGCGCAAUCUGGAUAUAGAUUUGGAGCGACGUACGUCGGUACUCAACAACCAAUGCCUUUGGAAGCUUAUCCAGUGUUAUUAGGUGAUAUAGAUCCAAGUGGAAAUCUUAAUGCUAACGUUAUUCAUCAAUUCGGUGAAAGAUUAAGAGGAAAAUUAGCCACCCAAGUUCACAAAAGUAAAUAUACAGCUGUUCAAAUGACAACGGAUUAUCGUGGUGAUGCGUAUACAGUCUCAUUGACUUUGGGCAAUCCGGACAUACUGAGUGGUUCUGGCGUUUUUGUAAUGCAUUAUCUACAAAGUAUAACUCCAUCUGUCGCGCUGGGCGGAGAAUUAGCUUAUCAACGAGGUCCUGCAGUGCCAGGAGGUCAUGUCUCUGUUGUUUCAGCCGUUGGAAGGUACACAAACGGAGACUCUACAAUUAGUGGUAGCUUAGGUUUAUCUGGCUGUCAUUUAUGUUUUCAUCAAAAAGCUAGUCAGCAGUUGCAAGUUGGUGUGGAAUUAGAAAUUAAUUCUAGAAUACAGGAAUCUACCGGAGCUAUCGCAUACCAAAUCGAUUUACCGAAGGCUGACUUAGUAUUUCGAGGAUGCGUAGAUACAAAUUGGACAGUGGGUGCUGUUCUGGAAAAGAAAUUACAGCCGCUGCCAUUUACAUUUGCGUUAAGUGGUAUGCUAAAUCAUAGUAAACCGCAAUUUAAAUUGGGUUGCGGAUUGAUAAUUGGUUAAGGGUAAGACGUAGACAAGUACGAGUCGCGUACAUAAUUUAGCUAAAUGCCGGAGGAAAA